AUGACGGUGACCUAUUCGUCGGUAUCCAUUUCGAUUCUGGAGGACAUGUUGCUGGAGAUUGCGAGCGAGAUCAUCAGCAGGUCGAUACUGGACGAGAAGCUGCUACGACAGGAGUACGGAAUGGCGCAGCCGGGGCUGGUCGAAGAGGGGGAGACCGCGGCAGGGCUGGUAAAGAAGGUGCGACAAAAUAUAGGGAACUCGGCGAGUGGGUCGAGCCAGUCCUCAGCAGCGGCGACACCACAGUCUGGGGAGAGCGGAUCAAUCCCAGAUAUCGGCAGAAUAGGCUUUUUACAGAACGGCAAGGAGAUCUUCCCGAGAAGCACCAACUGCUCGGAUGCCUACUUCCAGUGUCUCAAUUGCGAAAGAAAGAUUGCCGGUGGCCGUUUCGCUGCCCACAUCGACAAAUGUCUGGGAGGAAGGAAAAAGGAAAGAGCAGGUGGCCAGUGCUGGGAAUCUAGACUGGCGACGGAUGGCAGCUGGACCAGACAAGCGGCGACGAAAACGCCCACCCCUGAGAGAUGGCUGGAGCAGCCGCUCCGAAUUAGGGCAUCUUGGCUGCACUCUUCUGCCAGAUACGGUGCACGGGUGUGGGGCUGA